CGCAAUCGGUCCGUCCGUCUGUUGUAGUCUGUACUCUGUAGUCGCUAGUCUGCAGUUCUGCACUCUUUACUUAUCUUUCUAGUCUUUGCAGUAUACUGUGUGCACUCGGUACGUCCUGUAUUGUAAUACCAUAUAGUGUAUUUACGAAAAUGAUUACGAUAACUGUUGUUGUUUAAUUUUCACAUCCGUUCUAUUUAUUUUUCGCCGCGACUGAAUACAAGGGCCGAUGUCCGAUAGCCGUCAUAGAUUGUCCUCGCCGCCUACACCUAUCCACCGUAUCAAACGCGUCUUGCUGGUCCAAAGAAGUCUUCACCUGAACAAAACGACAAGCCGUGUGUCCACUGUUUAACACAAUAUAGCAGUGGCAACUGCGCUAAGAAAUCGACACUCCAUGUUGUCGAUGGUAGAUCGUUAUUGAAUCGUGUGUACAUGACUUGUUUCGUCGUCGUUCCGCCCGCAGCUUUCGAGAACAUUGACGGAAUGAGGUAACCAUUGCCGAGUUAGCUAGUGUUGCCCGCGUGAUUUCGUCGUUUCGUACAUCUGUCACUCCAUCAUUACCGGUCACCGACAUGGAUCCCAGAGUGCAGCCUUCCAGCAAGUAUUUCCCGGUUGCGAUAGCUGAUAAUGAAGAACCAUAUCCUAGCCUUUCUGAUUACCAUGACUAUGAGCCAAACUUAGAAUUUGAUGAUACUGAACUUCAAAGCCCAACUGCAGAUAUUGACUUGGAGAAAAGUUUAGCUAAUGUAAAUGGGACUGUAGGAACAUUAGAUUACAUGGAAUCUCCUGUUUCUGACGGUACUAUUGAAGAAAAUUUUGAAGAAGAAUUAGUAAAUGCUCCUCAAGUUGAAGGCUUAACAUCUGUAAAUGAUACAGCAACAGGAAAUUUGUUAGAUGAUUUGGAAGCAGAUGAUUCUAAAGAAGAUGAAGACUUCAGCGAUGUUGCCGAAUGUGGUGUUGUUGAUGUAGUUGGUGAUGAUGCAGUUGGUCGUAAAAUCAUUGUUGUUUCAGCUUGCAAAUUACCAAGUAAUAAAGAAGUUGAUCAUCCAAGACUUUUAAGGUAUCUAAUGUACACUUUGGACAAAUUUGUAGAACAAGACUACAGCUUAGUCUACUUCCAUUAUGGAUUGACAAGUAAAAAUAAGCCAACACUAUCGUGGCUAUGGCAAGCAUACCGAGCAUUUGAUAGAAAAUACAAAAAAAACUUAAAGGCUCUGUAUUUAGUACACCCAACUGGUUUUAUCAAAGUAGUUUGGCAACUUUUUAGAGCUGUAAUCAGUGCAAAAUUUGGCCGAAAAAUUAUGUAUGUUAACCAUUUACAAGAGUUGAAACUGUUCAUGGAUUUGGAUCAAUUGAUUAUUCCAGCACCGGUUUUAGAUCAUGAUGAACAGUUAAUGAAAAAAUUAAAUAAAAGAAAAGUUUCAUUAGUUGAACAGGAAACUGAACCAAAAUCCGAACCAUUACCAACUCAACAAUUUGGUGUUUCAUUGCAGUUUAUAAAAGCAAACAAUGAUGGAGAAAUAAUUCCUCCAUUGGUACAAAAGUGUGUUGAGUACCUAAGUCUACCAGAUGCCUUAGAAACUGAAGGAUUAUUUAGAAGAUCUGCAAACAUUAAUCAUUUAAGAGAUUUACAGAGUCGUAUCAAUCUAGGUGAACCUGUAGACUUUGGUAAUGAUGUACAUCUUGCAGCUGUUUUGUUGAAAACUUUUUUACGAGAACUUGAAGAACCUUUGAUGACAUUUGAUUUGUUUGACGAGAUUACACAAUUUCAAACUCUUCCAAAAGACGAACGUCCAAGGCAAGUGAAAAUAUUGAUAUUGGAAAAACUACCUCUUGAUAAUUACCAUUUACUCAAAUACCUUAUUCAGUUUUUAUCAAAAGUAAUGGAUAGGUGUGACCUGAAUAAAAUGACUUCAUCUAAUUUAGCAGUCGUGUUUGGUCCAAAUUUAGUACGCAGUCCAAAUAGUCAGUUAUCUUUAGCUGCGAUUGGCCCAAUUAAUGCUUUUACUGAUUUUGUACUCGUCAAUCAUGACCAAAUAUUCAUUAUUUGAUGACAGUACAAUUUAUAAAACAUAGUAUUCUGAAUAUAUUAUUUUGUGACACGGUUUAUUUAACAUUCCAAAACUUAUAACUAUAAUAUAUUGUUAACAUUAUAUGGUUUGAAACUUAUUUCACAAUCAUUUAAUUCAUUAAUUUACUUACCAAUGAGAGUAUUUUCGUUAAUAUUUAUUUCUAUUAGUUUAAUUUUUUUUUAUAUUCUCAACUUAUAAAUCUAAAAAAUUAAAAUAUUAAGUGUUACAAUGAAAAUAAUCAAGAUUCCAUAAAUAUAGUAUUUGGAAACUUUAUAUAAUUUUAAGUAUUAAAAAUAAUAAAAUAGCAGAUAAUAUUAUGUAAUAUUGAACAAUAAGUAUUUAAAAAAAAAAAAAUUAAUAAGAAUUAACUUUAAACAUAGAUUUAAUAAAAUAAUUGCUACUAUAUUUUAUGUUGAACUAGUAUGUUUUUAUAAUUUAUGAAUUAAUCUACCAUAAAAAUAAAAAAUGUUCUAAUGUUUGGCAAAAAUACUUUCUAUAGAUUCUAUGGUUAUCACCCCAUGGGUUAUCAACCCAUGUUUUAAGUUUUUUCUACGACAUACCAUUUUUUUUUUCAUUUACCAUAAGCAAUAACCUUACUUAUUUGAUAAUAUUAUAUUUAUAAGCAUUUUCUUAUUUUAAUUUUAAUACUGUGUAAAAUCCAUUCUAUUUUCUGGUUUAAUUGUGUUAUUAUUUACCCACUUUAUGUACUAUAUAUUUACUGUAUUGUUAAUCAAAUUGUUAAUGAAUAGUUAGGUUCACAUAAUUGACAAAUUUAUCUUGCAUACAUCACUGCACUAGGCAAUGGGUACACAUUUUUUUAUUCGGAACAUUGUGUAUGCAUAUCAAAUUGAUGUACUCUUAGGCAAUAAUGAUUUUAGUGUAUGAGUUUAAUAUUAAUAUACUAGUUGUAAAGCCUGCUCUUAAAAAUUUUACGAAAAUAGCCUGUGAUCUAAGUGUAGAUGGAAUGAAUGUGGAUGAAUUUCAUCCCUAAAAUUAUUUUGACACUUUUCAACCAACUUUAUAUUUUAUUAAUGAUAAUUUUUCAUCAAUAAAUUACGCGUAUCAAAUAUUUACACAAAAUGUGACCUUAUACCUCAAAGCAUUUUAAACAGAGUAUGAAGAAUUUGGUCUGAUUAUGAUAAAACUCGGCUAUUUUUUUAGCUCUUUUUACAUCAAAUUAUUAAAAAUUAGGACUUCAAAUUUUUAUGAGUAAAAUUAUAUAUGUUAUAGUAAAUUUAUCCCCCCUCCAUUAUUUCAAGUUACUUCGAUCAUGGAAAAUAGUAUUUAUUGUAUCAUCAUAUUAUACUGAUAUAAACAUACUAUUUUUGUCUUUAUAAUCCAAAUACCUAAUUAUUAUUACAUCUAUUGGAUCAUACAUUUUUGAUUAAUAGCACUCAUAGAACAAUUCAAUUUUUAUUUUGUUACAUCAACACAAUCUGUAAUUAAUAAAAUACAUGCUAAUUAUAUAUACUAAUAAAUAUAAUUAAUUGUAAAGAGCCGAGGCGGUUCCUAAAUUAGACUAUACAAAUUAAAAGAAUAGUUGUUUUAAUUACUUUUUAUUAUAUUCAUACUUUAACAAGUAUUCCAGUUAAUUAAAUAAAUGUAAUAAUAAUUAUGUUUGAUUAUUACAUAAUGUAAAAUUGCUUUUAACCAACUAUAGUUUUAUGAACUCAUUAUCUGGAAACCAUAAACUUGUUUGUAUACCAAAGAUUUUGUGUAUUAUUAUUAUUAUUUAUUUUUAAUUUUUAGUUUAUUUGAAAAUUAUUAUUAAAAUGUUACCUAAUUUAUGUACAGACAAAUAACGCAUCUAUAUAUUCUGGUCAAAUAGUUCAUAAUUGAAACUUAGUGAUAUUUGUACAUCAUUGUUUUAAUGAUUUUAAUCUAUAACAGGAGUUUUUGUACACAGUAAAGUAUAUCAUUAUUGUUGACGCAUA